CUCAGAUCGCACCAGAGAGGAAGAGAGAGGAACUGGGGUGAGCAAGUAUUGUGGUUUCCUGUUUCAGCAAGGCUGCUGUGCAAAAAGAAAGACAGUACCAAGAAGGGAAAUGCUAAGGGGGCCCAGAGCCAUGGAUCGAGAGCUUGCCCCAUCAGAGACCAGAGCCGAGAUCUGCCCAGGAGCUGGGAUGCUUUCCUGAGCUGCUUGGGUUGGAGCCUGGGACCCAAGAUCCGGGCAGCUAUUCCAGGAACUGGAAGCCAAGCACAACAGGUGCUCGGGAGGCCAUCAUGAUCAGCCCAGACCCUAGGCCUGCCUCUGGCUUGGCCCGGUGGGCUGAGAGCUACGAGACCAAGUACGAGCGCCGGCAAGAGACCCGUGAGAGCCGCCGCUGCCGCCCCAAUGUGACCACUUGCCGCCAGGUGGGGAAGGUGCUGAGGACCCAGCAGAGGGAACAUCUCCAGAGGGCACGACAACAGCAGUUUUUCAGACGGAGGAACUUGAAGGUGGAAGAGAAAGGCGAGGCACAGAGCCCGCAGGCCGGGGAGCCAGGUCCCUCCAGGAGGCAAGGCCAGGCGACCGACCUCAAGGAGCCCUUGUCUUGGGCCAACAGGAUUUCUUCCCCCAGACAGCAGGUGUCAGGGACCAGCUCCGAGGUCUUUGCAACGCAACACCAGCCUCCCUCAGGCUCCUGGAGGGAUCCGGCUGACCACCUCCCCUCCCAGGCUGGGGGCCUUCCACCACAGGACCCUCCCAUCAAGAAGCCACCCAAACACCACCAUGGCACUCAGACAAAGGCAGAAGAAACACAGCCAACAAUUAAGCAUGAUGCCAGUCAGCAAACCAAUUAUGGAGUUGCAGUUCUAGAUAAGGAAAUCAUCCAGCUUUCUGAGUACCUCAAAGAGGCCCUACAGAGGGAGCUGGUUCUAAAACAGAAAAUGGUGAUUCUCCAAGACCUACUGUCUGCCCUGAUUCGGGCCUCUGACAGCUCUUGGAAGGGCCAGCUUAAUGAAGACAAAUUGAAGGGCAAACUGAGAUCUUUGGAAAACCAGCUGUACACCUGUACCCAGAAAUACACUCCUUGGGGAAUGAAUAAGGUGCUAUUAGAGAUGGAAGACCAGAAAAACAGCUAUGAGCAGAAGGCCAAGGAGUCACUGCAGAAAGUGCUGGAGGAGAAAAUGAGUGCAGAACAGCAGCUGCAGAGCACACAGCGGUCCCUGGCUCUGGCCAAGCAGAAGUGUGAAGAGUGGAAGAGCCAGUACGAGGCUCUGAAGGAGGACUGGAGGACCCUGGGGACCCAGCACAGGGAGCUGGAGAGCCAGCUCCACGUGCUUCAGUCCAAACUGCAGGGAGCAGACAGUAGAGACUUACAGAUGAACCAGGCCCUAAGGCUUCUGGAGAACGAGCGCCAGGAGCUGCAGACCAAGACUGAACGCCUGCAGCGGGACAGAGACCUGUGCAGCUCGGAUACCCAGCACCUACAAGAUCAACUAAAGAGGUCAGAGGAGGAGAAACUUGCCCUGGUGACCAAAGUACAGCAGUUGCAGAGUCUGCUUCAGAAUCAAUCCUUACAGCUUCAAGAACAGGAGAAACUCUUAACAAAGAAAGAUCAGGCUUUGCCUGGGCGGAGUCCAAAGCCCUCCCAUAACGGUGGUCCAGGGAAGGAGAAGGACUGGGAUUUCAGAGACCAGCUCCAAAAGAAAACUUUGCAGCUCCUGGCCAAGGAAAAGGAGGCAAUGUGGCCGAUGGCUUCUGAUGCUGAUGGCACUGAUUGCUAUAGCAGUGGCAGUGUUCCUGGCCAAUAAGGACAGCCUGAAGCUCUGAAUAACUGGUGACAGCUGCCUUGGGUGAAAAUCAGAAGCAAGAAAUUCAGUAAAAAACUCAGGUCUGGGGCUUCCCUGGUGGCGCAGUGGUUGAGAGUCCGCCUGCUGAUGCAGGGGACACGGGUUCGUGUCCCGCUCCGGGAAGAUCCCACAUGCCGCGGAGUGGCUGGGCCCGUGAGCCAUGGCUGCUGAGCCUGCGCGUCCGGAGCCUGUGCUCCGCAACGGGAGAGGCCACAACAGUGAG